AUGUUGCUGGCAAGACGGCUUUGUACAUCAUGUCUUCGAGCGAAAUGUACAACUAGCUCAAUUGCUAACAGUUCCAAUGGCAACAGGUUUGCUCUCUUGCAGCAAAUAAAUAAUAGCAUAAUCUUGUCGCGAGCUAUUCCAGUGGUACACCACCGAGCGAUUUCAACGUCUCGAGAUACUGUUGAAAUCAAUGGCACCUCGUACAAGACAGAUUCUUGGUUCAACAUACCUCCAAACGUCAUCGACAAAAUCCCCCGCCGAUUACAUCUCCAAAAAGAUCACCCCAUUUACAUAACCCGGCAGAUCAUCGAAUCUGUCUUCCCGCCGCCGACCUAUAAUUACCACAACGAAUUUAACCCGGUUGUAACCACACAUCAGAACUUCGAUUCUUUAGGCUUUCCUAAGGACCAUCCCGGCCGAGCGAAGGGGGAUACGUACUACAUCAACGGCGAUACGCUACUACGCACGCACACAAGCGCCCAUCAAGCUGACGUCUUCCGGGCGAACCUCAGCGAAGGCUACCUAAUUAGCGCCGACGUAUACCGCCGCGAUGAAAUUGAUAAGAGCCACUACCCCAUAUUCCACCAGGUAGAGGGUGCGCGGUCGUGGGACCGCGCCAAGGUAGCGAAUGGGGACGCUACGGCGGCUAUCCUGUCGGACCUAGAAAAAUUGCCGGACCACCCCAUUGAGGUACAGGACCCUAACCCCCCUUUCCACGACGAGAGGAACCCUCGGCAAGAGGCUCAUCAUUCCCCGGCAGAGGUCGAGGCCAUUUCCGCACAUCUUAAGCGGUCGCUGGAGCUUAUGGUCGUAGAGAUAUUCACGCGCGCCAAGGCCGCUGCCGUGAGGGCCGAUCCUAACUACGUCGGUGAGCCGCUUCAAGUGCGGUGGGUCGAGGCGUACUUCCCCUUUACUAGUCCCUCCUGGGAACUCGAGGUCUACUAUGACGGAGACUGGCUUGAAGUGCUUGGUUGCGGUGUGGUCAAGCAGGACCUAUACAUUAACGCAGGCGUGCCGAACCAGCUAGGCUGGGCCUUCGGCGUCGGCCUCGAGAGGAUCGCCAUGCUACUCUUCCAGAUACCAGACAUCCGGCUCUUUUGGUCGCAGGACGAGCGCUGGUACAACCAGUUCAAGGGCAUGUCGGACAACCUAGAUUCCUUAAAGCCUUUUGUGCCAUUCUCCAAGUACCCCGCCUGCGCGAAGGACAUAUCGUUCUGGCUGCCGUCGUCGUUCGUGGAGAGCGGCGACACGAAAGCGAACAAGUAUAAAUGGUGCGAGAAUGACUUUAUGGAAAUCCUCCGCAGCGUAGCCGGCGAUGUGGUUGAAGAUGCGAAAUUACUCGACCAGUUCACGCAUCCCAAGACCGGCAGGAAGAGUAUGGCAUAUCGUAUCAACUACCGCAGCCUCGAGCGGACCUUGUCGAAUAAAGAAGCAAAUUACCUGCAUGAAAAGGUCCGGGAAUCUUUGGUGGAGAAACUCGGUGUGGAGAUACGAUAG